AUGUCAAUAUCAAAGGGUCGGUAGUGUCAAAUCAAGUGUCACCUAACUGUCAUCCACUGUCCUCCUACCGGCUCUGAUACGUCGCGUCGUACAUAAGUAAAUGUCUAUAGAAUUGUAAUUGGAAGUAAUAAAAUUUCGUCUCUUCUGUAUAUUAUUGUCUGAAACUCCGCAAGUCAAAUAUUAAGUCAUUCAAUUAAAAAAACUCAACCAUGCAAUGCUCAUUAUGGAAAGUGUUCUCAAAUUCUCUAAAGCCAACCCUUAGGCAGAACAACUUGAUAUUAGGAAGCUUACAGAAUAGGCUAUAUUCAUCAACAGGAGAUGCUGAUAUUGUUGUUAUUGGUUCUGGACCUGGAGGUUACGUAGCUGCUAUUAAAGCAGCACAAUUGGGAAUGAAGACGGUCUGUAUUGAGAAAAAUCCUACACUAGGUGGCACUUGUCUUAAUGUUGGCUGCAUUCCAUCCAAAGCAUUGCUGAAUAAUUCUCAUUACUAUCAUAUGGCUCAUUCAGGAGAUCUUUCAAAUAGAGGGGUUGAAACUUCGGAUGUACGAUUGAAUUUAGAUAAGUUAAUGGAACAAAAGACAAAAGCUGUAAGUGCAUUAACAGGUGGCAUCGUCCAGCUUUUCAAAAAGAAUAAAAUCACGCUAAUUAAAGGUCACGGCAAAAUUACCGGAGUCAAUCAAGUGACGGCUACCAAAGAAGACGGUUCCACAGAAACUGUCAAUACAAAAAACAUUCUUAUUGCAACAGGUUCUGAAGUGACUCCAUUUCCUGGUAUUGAGGUGGAUGAAGAAACUGUUGUAUCUUCGACAGGAGCUCUGAAACUUCCCUCUGUUCCCAAAAGACUUAUUGUUAUUGGUGCUGGUGUAAUUGGUGUGGAAUUGGGUUCUGUUUGGUCCCGCCUUGGUUCAGAAGUUACAGCAAUAGAGUUUAUGCCUACAAUUGGUGGAGUUGGAAUCGAUGGUGAAGUAGCGAAAACUUUCCAAAAAAUACUCACGAAACAAGGUCUCAAUUUUAAAUUGGGAACUAAAGUAACAGGAGCUAAGAAGGAAGGAGGCGUCAUCAAAGUUAACAUUGAAGAUGUAAAAGAUUCCAACAAGCAAGAAGUGUUGGAAUGCGACGUAUUGCUAGUUUGUGUAGGUAGAAGGCCAUACACAGUUGGAUUAGGUUUAGAGGAAAUUGGUAUUGAGAAAGAUCAAAAGGGCAGGAUACCUGUGAAUUCUGUAUUCCAAACAGUAAUUCCCAAUAUCUAUGCUAUUGGGGAUUGCAUUCAUGGACCAAUGCUCGCACAUAAGGCUGAAGAUGAAGGCAUUGUAUGUGUAGAAGGCAUAAUGGGUGGGCCGGUACAUAUUGAUUACAACUGUGUGCCGUCAGUAAUUUACACCCACCCUGAGGUUGGCUGGGUAGGAAGGAGUGAAGAGGACCUCAAGAGGGAGGGAAUAAAUUAUAAAGUUGGUAAAUUUCCCUUCGCUGCAAAUUCAAGAGCCAAAACCAAUAACGAUACUGACGGAUUCGUCAAAGUGCUUUCGGACCAAGCAACUGAUCGAAUUUUGGGAACCCAUAUCAUCGGCCCAACUGCUGGAGAACUCAUCAACGAAGCUGUGUUAGCCCAAGAGUAUGGUGCUUCUAGCGAAGACGUUGCUAGAGUCUGCCAUGCUCAUCCUACUUGUUCUGAAGCAUUGAGAGAAGCCAAUUUGGCUGCAUAUUUCGGAAAACCUAUAAAUUUCUAAGCAAUAAUUAUACUUUUUAUGCUUUUGUGUACAUACCAAUUUAAGUUAAUAUUAUUCUUUUCAAAAAUCAAUACUUUUUUCUUUGUAAACGGAUGUAUAAUAUAUGUUAUUUAUUUGUA